AUGGCCUCCAGGAGACCUCCUCACCUGGACCACCUGCUGCUUGGAGGGGAGCUGAUGGACGACCAUCGUGCUGCUUCGCUAACUUUCACUUAUAACGUCUUUUAAUAUUAAAUUUAUGAAGAUGCAUCGAGUUACUGGAUUAAUAUGAAAUUUAAAAGCUUCAUGGGAAACCUGUUUUUUGGCGCAUCAUCAAAACUUAUUUCUUAAGUUAUCCUUUCACUGAAGUUGGUUAAAACAUUUUGAAAUUAUUUCUGAUUCACUGAUAUUUGAUUUCUUAGAGAAUAUUUCAGGUCCGUGAACAGUAAAACUGCAUAAAGUUACAGAUUUUCUGCAGCUUUCUUUUCGCUCAUUCUCUUACAUCUUACUGAGUAAAUUUGUUUUUGCAAGUAUAAGUUUAGUUUCCACCUUUUGAUAAUAUUUUUAAUAAAAUCCAGCUUUUAAUUUGUAUCUCAGACUCUUCAACUUCAUAUACGUUAAAAAUUUUGAACACUGUGAAAAUAUAACAUUGACUCAUUAUAUCAAUGCUAAUUAAAACAGGACAGUUUAUAUUUUUUUGAUAAUACAGGGACUACAUGAUGUUUGAUUGAAGUGUUAAAAGUCUUUUCAUGUGUUCAUGGAUCAGUUGAUGUAGAACAGUUGUGAGAAGUUUAUGUGAAUUCAGAUUUAUGAGAUUUUGUUCAGGUUUUUUUCUUCUGUAAGACAAAUAUUGUGAGUUAAAGGGGACAGAAUUUUAACUCUGGUUCUAAAAUGUUCUGACUUUUCCUCAUCAGACGAUGUGAUCGUCGUGGACGACCAUCCAGUGGAAGACAACAUCCCUGAUGUCAUCGUGGUGUUGGACGACAUCCCAGGUGACAUUGUUCCUAUCUACAUCUCUUCCUCUGAUGAUGAUAGUGAUGAUGAUGUUGUUGUCGUUUUGGCAGGUGGAGAUGAAGGCAACAACCUUAUUGAGGUUGUGGACUUGGAAGACAGCGACAACAGUGAGGAGACUGACUUUAGCGACGAUGGUGACUCUGACGACAGUGACUCUGACGACAGUGACACUGACGACGGUGACACUGACGACAGUGACACUGACGACAGUGACGACUGGGACUCUGACAGUGAGGACUCUGGUUACGGCUCCUUGUCUGAGGAGGAGGAGGAGGUCGUCAGACCUGACUCCCCCCUUGACCAGGAGCUCCCACCAGACGACUUCUGGCUGGGCUGGCGCCAACUGUCUCCUCCUGUUCCAGCUGUUCUUCCAGUCCCCGCUGGUCUGCCUGUUGAUCCACCUGCUAGUCCUCCUGCUGGUCACCCUGCUGGUCUUCCGGGUGCACAGUCCUCUGUCCAUCAGGGUCCAGAGGACUGUGCGCCCUCCACUUCAGGGCUGGUCUCCUCCUCAAAGAGAAGCAGAGAGGAGAGUAGCCCUGAACAGGUAAGUGAGAAGAGGCAGAGGAUGGGAGAUGAAGAUGACGAUCCAGUUCCUUCAACUUCAUCAGACCUCAGCUCCAACACAAACAGCAGACUCUGUUUCAGUCUUUCCACACUCUCAAGGUGGUAUGCGGACAGUGACUCUGACUGA